AUGUCCCUCGUCUCUCGCGACCCCUUCCAGCUAUCCGGCCGUUACGCCAACCGGAACCGAUGGGAAGUGCUGAACGGUCCUGGGGAUGCUCGCGUCACGGGGGAGCAGAUCAUUCAUGACGAAGCGCUAGUCAAUGCUUGGGAAGACAAAGUGGUCUUGAUCACGGGUGUCUCGUCUGGCAUUGGAGUCGAGACUGUACGAGCCAUGGCCGUCACCGGGGCCACUGUCUACGGGACCGCGCGCAAUAUCGAAAAGGCAAAGGAGGCUUUAGGGUCGGUGCUGGAGACGGGGCGGGUGCGUCUGCUGCACAUGGAUCAAACCGAUCUAGCCAGCGUACAGGCCUGCGCCACCACCUUCCGCAACCAAAGCAGCAGGCUCAAUGUGAUCAUCAACAAUGCUGCCGUGAUGAACACCCCCGAGGACCGCACCAAGGAUGGCUUCGAACUACAGUUCGGGACCAACCAUCUGUCGCAUUUUGCGCUCUUCUGGCAUCUGCAGGAUCUCCUGCUGCAGAGCUCCACGCCGAGCUUCCAUUCCCGGGUUGUGAGUGUCGCCUCGGCAGCCCAUCGCUAUGGGCCAGUCCAACUGGAUAACAUCAACUUCGAGGGUAACUAUAAUGGCUGGUUGGCAUAUGGGUCCAGCAAGACCGCCAACAUCUACAUGACCACCCAGAUUGAGCGACUCUAUGGAUCUCGGGGUCUCCGUGGAUAUAGCGUGCAUCCUGGGGCAUUUGUCAGUCCCAACCUCCAGAAGCAUUCAACAGCGGAGAUGGAUGCCAUCCAGAAGGACGAGAAGGUGUGCAAGUAUCUGACCAGUCUGGCCCAGGCGUGUGCGACGUCUGUUUAUGGUGCCACUUCUAGUGAACUAGAGGGCCGGGGCGGGUUCGAUCUGGAAGGCGCAUCAGUGGCGGUUCAUCCUUGUCCUCCGGAUGGGGAUGCGGUGGAGUAA